AUGGACUCUAUUAGAGCCGCUCUAUUCAAGAGACACAGUAAUUACAGCAUUUCAGUUAACGAAAUCGGCAUGAAACUGGAUUUCGUUUGGGCGCCAUAUGUUUCGAAUUUAACCCAUCUGACGAUCGAUUUUAAGGCCAGAAAGAGUUACCCUCGUCUAUUGGUAAUGGGUGCUGGUCUAUGGCAUAUGCUUCACGUCAACAAAGCGUCAGAUUAUGAAUCUGUUUUGCGGACGUUAAAAGGUUCCGUGACGCAGCAGAUGAGGGAUGCAGUGUGGCAUGACUACGAUGCAGCGCUCACCGGAAGUGGGUUAUUGCGCCAAACUGGCGGCUCGAUCGAUUUGCUCGACAUCCCGUCUUUGACAUGGAAUUGUGGGGCGCAUUGUACAUAUGAUGGCAUGCAUUAUGAUAUAGUUAACUUUGUUCGGUUUGAUUAA